AUGUCCGACUCUUUCACAAGUUCCUCGUACUACUACAGUUCCACAACCAACGGCAGCGACGGCAAGACUACAACCGGACACAGGUAUUCGACAACUUCAUACACCGAACCCGACGGCACAACAAUCGUACGUACCGCCCAGCAAGAUUUAGGCCAACCAGCGGUCGUUGAAGAGCGGCGCUACGACAACACAGGUCAGGAACAGCUGUCUUUACCAGAGCCCUCGAGUGGUACCUCUGCAGGCGGAGUGCGGCGCAUCACAGAGCUAGAGGACGAUGUUUCAAAUUCCACGCCUAACGCCCUGGCUGAUAUCGGGGGUAAGGCGGCUCAGCUCUUGGAUGGGGACGGCGAGGACGAUUCGUUUAAUUUGGUUUCUUCGCCGCUGGGGUCUAGGGUUUAUGACUCUGUGACCGGUACUUAUAAUGACCAGCCCGAGUAUGAUAUCGGUGGGGUUACUAGGCGUCACCAGGAUAGAGGGGUUGCUGGUGAUCGGAGCCUCGGAAAGAAUGUGGGUUUCGGCGCGGAUGGCUUCUCGUCUUCGGCGAGGGGGAACCGCAUGUAUGAGGAUCCUAGUACGGGCACUAGGCUACGGAGAGAGUCCGAUGUGAAUGUUACGGAUGUACUGUAG